AUGAGCAGGACCGGCGGCGCGCGAGUCGGGGACGAGCAGGGGACGAGCUUGGACGAGCAGGGGAGGAGCAGGACCGGCGGGGAGGAGGUCGUCCGGCGGGAUGGACCUCGCCCGGGAGAUGAUCUUUGUGCAAUAUGUGACGAUGGUGGUGAUGUAAUAUGCUGUGAUGGUGUAUGUCAGAGGUCCUUCCACCUAGCUGAUGGAAACAGUGAAAGAUCGAGGUGCAGAGAAAUCCUUAGGUUAAGUGCUGAACAGGCAAAGAUGAUCCUUGCUGCUGAUAAAGAUUUUAUAUGCAAGAACUGCAAGUAUCAGGAACAUCAGUGUUUUGCUUGUGGAAAAUUGGGGUCUUCAGACUUGUCAUCAGAAGCUGAGGUGUUCCAAUGUGAGGUUGAUGAUUGUGGGCACUUUUACCACCCUAAGUGUGUUGCUAAAUUGCUCUACCCAGAUAGCGAAGACAAGGCCACACUUUUUGAGGUCCAAGUUGCUGUUGCCAGAGAAAAAUUCACUUGUCCUAUGCAUGAAUGUAUUGUGUGCAAGGGAGGAGAGAAUAAGAAUGAUAGGAAUAUGCAAUUUGCAGUAUGCAGACGCUGCCCAACUACAUACCACCGGAUGUGCUUGCCAAGUAACAUCCCCUUUGAAACAAAGGAAGGUCCCAAUGGCUCUAUGCAAAGGGCGUGGGAUACGUUUGAGGGACCAGAUGGACGAUUCAUUCAUCGUGAUCGAAUUUUGAUCUACUGCGUGAAGCAUCCCAUCGUAAAAAAGUUGAAAACUCCCAAGUGGGAUCACAUCAUCUUUCCUGAUGUCAAAAAAAUCCGUGUACCAAAAAUGAUCGUUGGUACACACAAUGAAGAUGAUAUACCCGAGGAAGAAGAUCCGCCGGAGCCUGAUGAUAUACCCGAGGAAGAAGAGCCGCUGGAGCCUGAACCAUCUCAGUCUCCUCCAUCUGAAUCUCCUCCGCCAGAUGCAAGUGAUCAGAUUCAGUGCUCCUGUUCUAGUCCCAUCGACUCAUUUGCACCAGCGUCCUUGUUUAUGCAUCCACAUCCAGGCACUUGUGGUUGGCUUGGUGACUGA